AUCAUGUUGAUACUGGUCUGGGUACAGUGAGUGCGAGAGACGAUGGUGGCAACAAGAUCGAAGUUCUCCCUAUGUAUGUAGAAGGAGGCGCACAUGGUACAUAACCGAGGUGCUCCCAUGUCGUCUUUGCUUCUUUUUUUUGCUUCUUUCUUUCACACCACUAUCUUCCAAUCCCUCAAAUUCGACCCUCUUAGUCCCUCCAAACAAUUUGACGCUGCAGAAUGGACUCCAAAGUCGUAAUCAUCGUCCACAUUCGAUACUCUCAACGAAAAGCAUUUUCGAUCCUCGAUUCAAGCCGAAAAACUAGAUAUGAUAACUUGCGCCUCGAUCUUUCCAAAAUAAAACUUCCUCAUCCCCCAGAGGCCAAUGUCAGUGAGCCCAGCAUAAAUGAAUGGUCUUUCUAUUGGGAGACGAAGAAAUAUGGGCCCUUAUGGAACAUUCUUGAAAGCAUUGUAUGUCGACAAAAAUCGGAUCCAAUGACUAUUACGGGGAUGAGGGAGACAGAGAUCGAGGACAUAUGGAUGGAAGAACUACCAGAGUCUCCACUAACGCGUCGAACACGCUCUCCAGAGCCAAUGUCGCGUCGAACGCGUUCCAGAUCACAACCUCGUAAAUCCUCCUACUCCCGACCCUGGAUGAAUUCGCGUUCAAGAAAUAUCGACUCAAAAAACAGUGACCGUGGCUCAGCACAACGCGGUCCUGGAUGGCACUAUCAAAACAAGCAACAAAAUACUCCAUUACGCCGCUCUCGUAAUCCUCGGCCCCAGGAUUCACUAUCUAACUCUACAUCACCCUACCAUUCAUACUACAUUUCAGACUCACUCCGUCAAAUAGAUUCCGUGCAGACAGUACUUCUCGAGAUUGAAAAAGCACAGCAGCAGUCUCUUGAUAAUAAUAAGGAUGGUGAAUCAUUCGUUUCUCUGCCACUCCCUCCUCCUCAUUGGAGCCUGCCCAAAAAUCCGAGCACACCACUUUCACUUACAUCGGAGUCGGACGAAGUUCCUCGAGUAGAAUCUUUCUCGUCUAGUCCACCGAAUUCAAAUCUGUUCGAAAAUCCAACGCACAAUUCAUCUGAUGCGAACUCAGGGAAAGUUAUACUUCCUCAACCUGUACCUUCCGUUGAUGAGGAAAUAUACCACGAAUUGGACGAGCCGACCACGAUAUCCAGAAACAUUGCUGAUCAACGGAUUUCCGAUUUGACUCGUGAAUUUUGGGAUGCCCGACGCCAGUUAUCCGCUCUUUCCGCAAGAUGUUUUACUAUUGAAUCCCAAAUGAAGGCGCUGAACGCCUUUAGUCUGGCCAGUCGUGGAAAUGAGUAUAUCCAUCAAGAUCUCGCUGAAGCGGAACAAGUUUUGAAAAACGAACGAGAACAGCGUGAACAUGCGGAAAUGGUUUUGGGAGAUGUUCUCAGGGAGUGUAAACAACCAACGAUCACGCCAGCCUUGUUAGCGGCUCUAGGUCAGACUGAGUUUUCACAGACAUUGCAUUACGAUUGAGGUAGUCAAACAUUACUGUGCAUUGGAUUUUAAGUGUAGUAUUGGUACGAAUUGGCUUGUGCGAAAAGGUAAAUUGUGCUAGCAUCCAUGAAGAAAUGCAACUGGCAAUUCAGGGGAAAAUGAGAAGAUAAUAUUUCACAG